UGUCUUCCUACCAGGAAGCAGGCCAUGAGCCAAGGGGAAGGCAGAGGACAGAAAUGAAUGUGCUCCCAAGCUUUCCUGGUGGUGUAUGGCAUUCUCCAAAGUCCUAUGCAAGCGCUGUUCCUGACCAAGAAGACCCAAGGAGACCAUCUCUGAAAUCAAGUCCAGAUGAAGAACUGAGAGGAAACAAGUGAGUAUGGUUUUCGCUCACAGAAUGGAUAACGGCAAGCCGCCCUUGGUUAUUCCCACACUGCUGUUGCCCCUGCAAAACCACAGCUGUGCGGAAACAGCCUCCGCCCUGCCACGCCACGAGCGGACAGCAUUCCACGAGGAGCGCGGCUGGAGGAGCAACACAACAGACCUGCAGCCUGGGCUGAAACCCGGCGAAGUGGCCACAGCCAGCAUUUUCUUUGGGGCCCUGUGGUUGUUUUCUGUCUUUGGCAAUUCCCUGGUUUGCUUGGUCAUCCACCGGAGUAGGAGGACUCAGUCCACCACCAACUACUUUGUGGUCUCCAUGGCAUGCGCCGACCUUCUCGUCAGCGUGGCCAGCACGCCUUUCGUCCUGCUUCAGUUCGCCACUGGCAGGUGGACGCUGGGCAGCGUGAUGUGCAAGGUUGUGCGCUAUUUCCAGUAUCUCACCCCUGGCGUCCAGAUCUAUGUUCUCCUCUCCAUCUGCAUAGACCGGUUCUACACCAUUGUCUAUCCCCUGAGCUUCAAGGUGUCCCGAGAAAAAGCCAAGAAAAUGAUCGCGGCUUCGUGGAUCUUCGAUGCCGCCUUUGUGACCCCCGUGUUCUUUUUCUUUGGCUCCAGCUGGGACGAUCACUGCAACUAUUUCUUCCCUUCCUCCUGGGAAGGAACUGCCUAUACCAUCAUCCAUUUCUUGGUGAGCUUCGUCAUGCCGUCUGUCCUCAUCAUCUUGUUUUACCAGAAGGUCGUGAAGUACAUUUGGAGAAUAGGCACUGAUGGCCGAACAGUGAGGAGGACCACGAACAUUGUCCCAAGGACAAAAGUGAAAACGAUCAAGAUGUUCCUCAUUUUAAAUCUGUUGUUUUUGCUCUCCUGGCUGCCUUUCCAUGUGGCUCAGCUGUGGCACCCCCAUGAACGAGACUCUAAGAAAAGUUCCCUUGUUUUCACAGCUAUCACGUGGAUAUCCUUUAGUUCUUCGGCCUCUAAACCUACACUGUAUUCCAUCUAUAAUGCCAAUUUCAGGAGAGGAAUGAAAGAGACUUUUUGCAUGUCCUCAAUGAAAUGUUACCGAAGCAAUGCCUAUACUAUCACAACCAGUUCAAGGAUGGCCAAAAAAAACUACGUUGGCAUUUCAGAAAUUCCUCCCACGGCCAAAACUAUAACCAAAGACUCGAUCUAUGAUUCAUUUGACAGAGAAGCCAAGGAAAAAAAGCUUGCUUGGCCCAUUAAUUCAAAUCCACCAAAUACUUUUGUGUAAUUUCGCAGAAUUCCUUCAAUUAUUGUUAUGUGCCAGAGAUUAAAAAGCUUUAAAAACAGAAGCUUUUUAAAUGUUUUUUUUAAAUCAACUUUUGGAGGGAAAUGUUUUAUGCUGUAAAAUGCAUUUAAUUAUUAUCAUUUCUGUGGUUUUAUUUUGGUUGCUUUUGGUUUUAGAGGAAGCUUUCACCUUGAGCUAUGGUCGGUAAUCCUUUUACUAUAUUAGUUACACGCAUAAAAAAGAGAAUGCUUUUCUACUUUUUACUUACCCUUAUUGGGUCCAAAAAACAUAAAUCAUACACAC